UCCUAAUCGGAAUAUCUGUUGAAUUUAACUUGCUGUUGUAUCUCUGCUUUUCAUUGUAUGUUUAUUUAGUUGUAUACAACCAAUUAGAAAAGCGACAACUUCUCGAAUUAUUAUUUUUUUGGUGCAAGUUUAACAGUUGGAAUAUUGUAAACAGCAAAUCCAUUGCGAAUGGCUGAAGCGAACUCCCAGGCUGGGCGUUUCAAAAUGAGACCCUCAAUUUUACUUGUCUGCUAUUUUGUGGCUCUGUUGUCUACUGCAACGACCGGAUGCAUGUUCGGAGAGGACGACGAUUGUGACUUUGAAGAUCAACUGGAGCUGCAGGCCAUGACUAUCGGGAACCGGUUUAUGCCUGGUGCCUCUAGGAAUCUCAGAGGUCAUGUGAUGAUGAUGCCCGACAGUUUCGAAGAUUAUUGGGAAGACUUCGGGUUCGCCCAGCAGCUGCCGUGUUUUACCCAAUCAAUGGGACUCACCGGUGGUUUCCGAGGAUUGCAUCAAAGUGGAGCCAGAUCAGUUCCCCGUGCUGGAAACGCAAUGCCUGGAAGUGGGUGGAUUCAUGGAAGAAAUAUGAUCCCACCAUUUGGCCAGGAACGAAGACCCCAGCCUACCUUUAACCAAUACUACUUUCACUAUGAGAUAUUCGACUAAUAUUGACUGGUUGAUGCAUUAGAAGAACGAAAUUUUAAGUAGUAAAUAAAGAUUUGGGCUCCUUUUAAUCUGAUUUUUCU